CGUAGAUCUACGUGCGACGGAGUUCUGUUUCCGAACCAGGCCAGCAGUCGAUCUACCUGCGGUCGAGCUAACGUGUUGUCUUGUUCUGCACUUUUGCUCGGUGCACAUGUUUUUGCUGCUGCUGCGUUGGGAGGGAGUUGUGCUUCUGCCUCCGGACAGCGACCGCACUAAGUCCCAGUCCCAGUGUCACUGUGUGUAUGUGUCCCAGUGAUCGCGGGCCAACAGGAGUACUUGGACACACAGGAGGACAUCGUGGUCAGUCGAGGUUUUGCAUAGUCUGAUAGAUAAUUUUAUUUAUACCUUUUGUAGCACAACGACGUACAGAGCUUAGCUGUAACACUGUAUGCUGUUGGUCGCUAGUUCCCAAGGCUACGUUUCUCCGCGUUUCUCCUUGCGCCUUCGAGCAUCCUGUGGAACAACCAUUCUUAUUCGGACGAGCAGGGCAAUUCUGCUAACUAAGUUCUGGAUUGCAGCCCACGUGGAGCUUCGCUAGUAAAGGGAUCCAGCUGCCAGUGCAGGCCAGUCCGAGACGAGCCAAUAGGUCAAGUCCAGGGGAGGGAUAUUAUUAUUAGUGCACAGGUGCCCAUCUGUAGCCGAAGACUGGCUGAGGGCCAUUGGCAUUGAGCCGAGCACCACGGCAAUGGGAAGCUUGCCUCGUCGGAUGGCCGGCAUCCGAAGGUCUUAGGUUAGGGCCGAUCGCGUCCGCCCACAACAUAGCGCUUGGAGUUGGUGCUAGUGAUCAGCUGUUGCCAGUGCACUGCAACAACGACAUGGGAAAGAAGAUUUCUUCCGCUCCCGUGCCCUUUUUGGGCGCGCCGAGCGUUCUGCAGAUGGUGACAGCAUUUCUCACCGCACAUUGCAACAAAUCAAGGGCCACCACCGAAGACGACGAUCCAGCCGAGAUCCGUGAGAGCAAUGCGGCCAGGACGGCAGCGACGGUUUUCGCGUUACCAUUACCACUUCAGGAGGGCAACACAGCCGUGUCUCUACCAGUAUGGGUGUUCAACGACGAAUCAAGAUUUUCACCUGUUCAUCAUCUCCUGCUCUCCAAGAGAUGCAGUGUAUGCGUGGUCUGGUUUGAUUCAUCCCUGGACGGCGGCCGAAUAACCAACGAAGUCCUCAGCUGCAUUCACCAGUUCCGCCGGUGUCUACCGCGGUGUGAUGGCCCGCCGUCGGUUGUCGUCCACUUGGCCACCGUUCGGAGUACAUCAACGCCGCACCACCCCGUCAAUUGUGAUGCCAUAGUGCGUAGUGUUCGGGCCGUUCUCGACGAUCCGGCCAGUCACUGGAAAGGCAGUCUGCGCAUGAAGCUUCAGGACUCGGUUAUCUCGGUCAAUGGCGCCUCAUUUGAUGCCCUCACCACAGCUAUGGAGCAAGUGGCGCGUGCAAACAUUGAGCUGAUGAAGGAAAGACACCUCAUGCGCAAAGUGAAGAAAUUGGAGUCAAAACUGGAUGAAGUUCGGGAGGACUGCUCUCGCCCUCUCACCACGUGGGAUGAAUUCAAGGACGUGGCAGAGGACAUUUGUAGGAACUCGGAUGAUGAGGAGCUGAGAGCAGUGGUGCGAGCAAGUGGCCAUCUUAUACUUGUGGAGCGCAACGGUUGGCCAGUGAUGGUGAUUGUUAGCGUACCGGACAUCAUCGAUGCCCUCAGCAAGCUGCUGUGCAGCGAUGAGCUCAGGCGGCGUCACUCGCAGUACAAUGUUGUCACCACAGCGGACACAGGCGAGGUGCUGGACGACCUGCCCCGCUACAUGCUGCAAAUGUUCAUCGGUCUCCUGGAGGAGAUGCUGAUUGCGUACACGGUCGGUGAGAGUAUAUGCGAGGAUGAUGAAGUCGACCUGCGAAUGCCUUGGCUGGCGACUGUAUAUCGACCGGCCGACAAGUGGCUGGGAAUGAUGACGUCCUAUGCCAUGGCCUACUUCGACGUACCAUGCCCAGAGUUCUUUGACCGCGUGCAGGUGGCUCUGGCUGGGACGUUCGGCACUAGCAGCGUCUGGCACUGGAAGGACAGCUGCCGUGUGACGAGCAGACCACGUGCCCUGGUGGCGACCUCUCGUUGCCGGCAGUACAUUGCCUGGGAGGUCGCUGGGCAUGACACUGCUGCCUGCAACGUGCUGCAGCAAAUACAACGAGUGAUCCGUGAGCAGAGCAGUCAACACAUGCCCUUUGUCUGCUGCACAUUCGCUAACAACAUACCGGAGCAGGAGGUCGCACGCAUCAUCGAGCAGAGCACGGACGGCAGCUCGGCAAGGCUAGGCGACCUGGCCAACGAGAUCAGGCAAGUCCGUGAUGCUGCCGCACCGUCGUAUGCCGAAGAGCUUGGUGUUUGCGCUGGCGGAGAUAUUCAGAAGUACCCGAUCAGAGAGCGGGAUGUCCCAGUGCAUGCCAGUCAGGAUACUCUGCUGCACAUCCAGGCUGCAAUAAUCUCUCUGAACUUGGAACAGUAUCUGCAGGCUCCUCUGCCGGAAUACUCAGCUUCUGGCGCUCCAUCCCAGCAUGUUUGCGAUGCCAACAGGCAGCCAGCAGCGACAGCCGCAACAGCAGAUUCAGCACAAUGCCGCCGCCAACAGCGCGCCGCCGCUAGUCCUACGGAGGACACGACAUACCGCUUGGACAUGCGGGGAGCGGCCGGGAUUCCAAUUGGCGCGCCGCAGCGCGUUGCCUUGGAGACGCCGGCAAAACGAGUGCAGGCCGCUCUGUACUCACUUGGAACACGGAGCGAUGAUGAAGAUGACGACAACUACGAUGACAUGCCACUGACCGAUGGUGUAGAAUUCUCGCCGUGCCAGGACCCGCUGAUUGCGGAGAUGACGACAGAUCAGCGUUGCGAGCUAGCUCGUAUCUGUGAUGGCCUGGACGGCGUGCAGGGCCGGGGAUGUACUGCUCUCCUGUGCAACAUGGGCUUCAAGGAUCCACACUGGGAGUCGCAAGUUAGGGAAAAUGCCGGCCCUGGGACAACGCUUAGAAUUCUUGACAGAGCUGUUGAACGUGGCUUUCGAAUGCGCUCGCUGCUUCACGCCAUGGGGAAAUCUGGGAACAAAAUGGCCGUAGACGUCAUCUCGGAUGCCAGGGAGAGCAUCCUAGCUGACCAGCUUGGACGGCAGGAUAGCGAACAAAUCCAAAGCCAAGAGCCACCGCCACCGGCGUACAUGACUGUUGAAGAACGUGCAACACUGACUUACCCAGAUAAUCGCCCUCUCGACAAGUUCAUGCUAGCAAGCUACCACUGGGACUCCGCUGAGCAUGCUCAGAACGUGGAAAACUAUGUGAGGGACCUGUGGCGACGCGGCCAAACCGUGCGCAUGGAUGCCUUUGAGGUGGAGGGCAUCAAAGUGCACCCCGCCAGGCUGCAAGGUUGGAAGGCAGAGAUGUACGAGCGCGCCGACGCGGUGCUCGUCUUCGGCUCGCCCGGCUUCAAGCGAGCGUGCAUGACGGAAAGCGAGGCCGAGGAGCACGCACUGGCCCACUGGCCGCUCGGCUGCGGUGUUCGCUCCGAGUUCACGCGCUUGCUUCGUAGCAAGCCGCUCGUCCCGGUGCUGCUGAGCAACUCGCCCGCCAACGCCGGCGAAAGCUGGAAGCAGUGCUUCCCCGUGUACAUGCAUCCGGCCGUCUACUAUGCCGUUCCCAGGCGUGAGGAGGCACUCCUUAACCGCCUCAAUGAAAUGCACCAUGGACAACAGAAGCAGCAGCAGCAUCCUGUUGUCCACACACAGCAGCAUCACCCGUCCAGCAAUGGCCACCUUCCCAGCAAUGGCCACCUACCCAGCAGCAACGGGAGGCAACAACCAGACGGCCACCCACUCGCCGGCGAUGGCCGUGGUCAUCCGAAUGGCACCGUGCCCAGAAGCUAUGGACAUCGACAAGCACCCACUGGCACACAAAACAGCGCAGUACAGCAUUCAGCGGCAGCGGCCGUGAUGAGGGCACCGAUACGCCACCUGUUUUCCUGGCGGCGGUCCCGCCAGCCAUCUCCCAGGGCGGUCGUCUGCCAAGAUGGCGAGGCUUGGACGAGCCAGCCUGAGACUUGAACUGGGCAACGCUUGAGACACGUGUGACCAUGCAUGGUACAGCCAGGUGGAUCAUUGUCACGAUCCAGACGUAGACUAGACUAGCGUCCGAGUGUUGCUGUAGAACGCAUGCUAGUGCACACGUACACACGUGACACAUGCACACCCACAUGUAUACAUAAUAUAAACACAGAGGCAGUGCGCCUUAAGCUAGUGUGCUCAAUGCAGGUGAUGGGCCGAGCACAGCACCUCUUGUGUACAUACAUACACAUAUGCAUUCAUGUGCACACACAAACACACACACACACACACACACGUGGUUCGGCAGAUUCUGUACGGGCAAUUCUAAAUUUUGUUCUUGCUUGCUUCUUGCUUGCUUCUGGCUUGCGCGUCUCUGCUGUCAAUCCGUGAUGCUGACGUGUUCUGAAUUGACGCCGGGUUGGCGUUGAGACUUGAGCGAAGAAAACUUCUUGUACACAGUACAGACAAACAUAUGCUGGUUACACCAGCGUCUAUAAAUCUAUCGGGGCAACCUGCAUUGCUAGCACGCCGAAUGAGGCCUGAUUAAAAGCUAAGUGGCAUAUACAUGUACAUGUACAUGGCACACCUUGCUUAGUGUCUUUCAGCCUGUGCACUUCGAAAUAUCAUGAAAGCCCUGAAAUGUUUUUGGAGUGAAGCUCCUUUUUUUGUUGCAACUUAGUGCAUACUUGUAUGAAAGCCAUGGAGCUGGGUCACAGUGGCACGUGCACUGAGGCCAGCAGCGGAUUUUCGAUCCCUUUACUUCCUCUCUCAUGUAGAUAUUCAGCAUGAUUUUCCAUCACUAUAUUCUUUUUCAUUUGAAAUGACAGGCGUCCGUGAUUGCCUUUUCACACUGAUUGUUUAAAAAGCACUUGUACAAUGGUUGCAGCUGCAGCUCACAUUAUAUCUUUUACAAAAACACAAUCCCAGAGGUUUCUUUUUCGUAUUUUAAAUCUAAAUCCUAACAUCCGUCA